GCUGUGAUUUGCUUUUCCUCGACCUCCGCUACGACAAUACGCGGUAGCCUGCGUUCUUGUUUCGGGGUGGACUGUUGUCGUCUUAAUCUGUAAAGGAUUAAGGCCAUUCUAAAAUCGGGAUGAUACCUUCAGUUGGGCGGUUCUUUAAUUUUGCGGGUUGAGGCUACAGUUAUUCUGACAAGUUUUGAGCGGUGUUCAACACGAACUGGGGAGGUUAAUAGUUAAUUCGCCGCGGGCAAGGUUGACGACCCUUGUUUGUGUUUGCGUUAGGCGGGUUCUCGUCAGAAGACUGUCUGGUUUACGUGCCCCUGGUGGUACCACAGUCAUCAUGGAGGCCCAGAGGGUUACCGUACCGGACGUGGAGACGCCGGCGGGGCGACUGCAGGGGCACGCCCGAGAAACUCCCGUCCUGACCUGCGGCACUCUCGACGAGUUGGCAGGGAGGAGACUCUACUUCAAAUGCGAGAAUCUUCAGAAGUCUGGCUCCUUUAAGUUCCGCGGGGCUUACAACGCCAUCUCCCGUCUCCUGAGCUCGACCAAUCAGAACCCGCCUCCAGUGGUGACGCACAGCAGCGGGAACCACGCAUGCGCGCUGGCCCUGGCUGCGCACCAGCUGGACGUCACUGCGCAUGUGGUGAUGCCGCGCACCGCGCCCCAGUGCAAGAAGGAAACCGUCCGGGGGUACGGCGGGAAGGUGAUCGAGUGCACGCCGACAGAACAGGCCCGAGUAGAGACCAUGGAGCGGAUCGCAGCGGAGACGGGAGCAGUCUACAUCUCCUCCAGUCAGCACCCUGACGUCAUAGCCGGGCAGGGCACCAUGGGACUGGAGCUCCUGCGCCAGGUCCCAGAGUUGGACGCGGUCAUCACGCCUGUAGGCGGCGGAGGAAUGCUGGCGGGUGUGUCUCUGGUGAUGAAGUCCUUAAACCCUCACGUCCGGGUUUACGGAGCGGAGCCGGAGCUCGCAAACGACGCCGCGACGUCACUGGCGAAGGGAGAGAGAUGCCCCUUAUCCUAUUACCCAGACACCAUUGCGGACGGGCUCAGAAUAAACAUGGGACCAGUUGCGUGGCCGUACAUUCGGGAAAACGUGGAUGACAUAAUCUCCGUCACCGAGGAAGAAAUAAAGAACGCCAUGACACUGAUCUGGCAGAGGAUGAAGCUUGUGGUGGAGCCCUCGGGAGUGGUGGGCGUGGCCGCGGCUUUGAGUGACAGCUUCAAGGCACGAGAGGAGCCAGCAAAGAACGUUGCCGUCAUCCUUUCCGGCGGGAACCUGGAUUUGCUGAAGCUUCCCGAUCUUCUGUCCGUGUCAGAACACGUAUAACUGUUACAGAACUGUCUACUAAAUUCGUGAUGAUUAUUUGUUAGCAUGAAAGUUCAUCUGUGUUGGUAGAAUACAUUAUAGAGAAUUGCUAAACUUUCAUUCCAACACA